AUGACGGACGAAAUCCCCAAUCCAGUACAGCCUGAGAAGUCUUUAAAACGGCCAUUAGAUGGAGAACAAUUGGAGGAGGCACAUCCACCACAACCGAUACUACCAGAAGAUUCAGCAGUCACAAAGGCAGAGAAAGUAGAGAGAAACGGUGCGAAUGGGAAUUCUGUGAGCAAUGAAGAGCCGGUUGCGAAAAGGAUCAAGACUGAAGAGCAAAAUCACAAUUCCACCGCGACAGAUUCUCGUGACAGGGUCAGAGGCAUAGCUCCUAUCAAAGCUGAGUACUUGCUUCAUCCAGCUGGAAGUCGAUCGGCCACAGAUGGUCGCAAUCCCGCAGCAAACGACGAUGCGGCAGAAGAAAAACCUCGCGGCGACAACAGGGACAAUGGAGGCAAGAAGAAGAAGAAGGAGAAGGGCCAGAAUAAAGAUCGUCAAUUUGGAUCCUGGGGCGACAAAAUAAAGUUAUGCAACAGCACGUCAAAUUCGCCAGAGUUCUCGCCGAAAGAAUGCAGUUUUGGAGAAAGCUGCAAGUGCGAACAUGAUCUUAGGAAAUAUCUGGCUGAAGGGAAGAGAGGAGACUUGACUACAUUCAAUUCGAAGUGCCCAGUUUGGGAAGAUAAUGGCACAUGUCUGGCUGGUUGGAAGUGUCGUUUUGUAGGAAGUCAUUCCAAGGAGGUGAAAAGGGAGGAUGGUCGAAUGGAACUAGUCCUCAUAGAGGAUUUAGAACGUAUGCGUACCACGGUAGCCGGUGAUGAAGAAGCUCUCGGGGGUGUCGUGAAUGUGGUCAGCACUAAGGAUAAGCUUGAUCUCGCUCGGAGGAGAACAAAGAUGGAGAAAUCUGAUCUAUAUACAAAUUGGUUGGAUAAAAAUUCGGAGGAAGUUAACAGGCAAAGCAACCUCAGAAAAGAUCAGAAAAAUGAUCAGACUCAGGAAGAAAAGGAAGAGAAUCGCGCGCGAUAUGUGGAACCACCAUUUCUCCCUUCUGAGAAGCGACGAAUUUACUUUGGACCCGAGACGCCUGUUCUCGCUCCUCUCACUACUCAAGGCAAUCUUCCGUUUCGUCGACUCUGUGUGGAACUUGGAGCGCAGCUUACUUACUCGGAAAUGGCAAUGUCGAUACCUCUGUUCCAAGGCCAAAAAUCUGAAUGGGCAUUAAUGAAGGCACAUGAGAGCGAAAUCACACCACCACGAAUCAAUCCAGACAGAAGUUCGAUCGUUCAAAAUUAUAAUAACUCGAAGGACUUGAAGUUCGGUACCCAGAUUUCGGCCAAUAAACCAUUUCAAGCAAUUAAAGCUGCCGAAAUCCUAAGUCGAUUCGUGCCACAUCUACGAGUCAUUGAUUUGAACUGUGGAUGCCCAAUCGAACUUGUAUAUAGACAAGGAGCAGGUUCAGCUUUGCUCGAUGCACCAUCAAAACUGGAGAAAAUGAUUCGAGGUAUGAAUGCAGUUUCUGGGGAAGUUCCCAUCACAGCCAAGAUUCGAAUGGGGACCAUGACAGGAAAACCUACCGCUCUUAAAACUAUUGAACGUUUAGCAUUUGGUGGUGUUGAAUCACGUGAGAGACUUGGUGCUCCUGGUUGCGCUGCGAUUACUCUUCAUGGACGUAGCAGACAACAGAGAUACACCAAGAAUGCCGAUUGGAGUUACAUAGCAGAAUGUGCAGCUCUCGUCAAAUCAUACAACCAAAAGAAGGAUGAUUUAACAGACACAAUCAUGGAACCAGAUGCCCGCACAUUACCAAAUGCCCCCGAUGGAAAAUUACAUUUCAUUGGAAACGGUGAUUGUUAUUCCCACGUUGACUAUCUCGACCAUAUACAAAAUGCAAGCGUAGAUUCCGUCAUGGUAGCACGCGGUGCACUCAUCAAACCUUGGCUCUUUGAAGAAAUCGAAAAGGGACAAACCCUCGACAAAUCUGCAUCAGAACGACUACAAUAUAUCGAGAAGUUUGCACGUUACGGACUCGAGGCUUGGGGAUCAGACGAGAUGGGUGUGGGACAAACGAGACGAUUCUUAUUGGAAUGGUUGAGCUUUGCUCAUCGAUACGUCCCAGCUGGAAUCUUGGAACAUUUACCUCCUAGUUUACAGGAUCGUCCCCCGGCUUACAGGGGAAGAAACGAUUUGGAAACUCUGUUGGCUAGUGAUAAUUACAUGGAUUGGAUGAAGAUUUGUGAAAUGUUCCUCGGCCCCGCACACGAGGGCUUCAAGUUCCAACCUAAACAUAAAUCGAACAGCUACGAGAUUGAAGCAGAAGGAUAG